AUGAAUGGUGAACCCCUCGCAUCAAGAAUAAGCCCCAUCGAGUUACCUCCCUUCUUUCGAGGAGAGGCAAUCGCAUAUCUUUCGACCUCGACGAAGAAGAUGCCAGAUGCCCAACCUGUAACUCUCACAACUCGAAGACCGCAAGAUUACCAAGACGAACCCAUUGCCUCCUCCUCACGACGCCAGAAGGACCCCGAAGCCAGGCCUCCAUUGCCCGGCCACGGACUCAUAUCCUCAUCCCCUUUGCAGGCGAGGCGACCGAGCGAAGGACCGGCAACAGAGAACCAACAGCGCACAUGCAGAGUGCAGACGGCGAUGGGGACAAUCUUCGAGGAGUGA